AUGCCUCCACUUCCCGGCGAAGAGCGACUGCAGACAGUGUUCGCUGAUAUCCACUAUUACUUCUCUGCGCCGACUCCGCGACCUCUCCAUCAUCGUUUCGAUAAAGGCUCCUACUUUUACAUAUAUCACAACGCAACCAAACAGACAUCCAGGUUAGAAAUUGCGAACAACCCUGGCACCUCAGACCAAGAUGCGUUCAAUGGCAGUCUCGACGGAGUAUAUAUGCGAUACUCGUACAAGUUUCCAACUCUUCUGACAAUACUCGUCGAUCCACAUGAUGGGACACCUAAUCCUGCGUCACCGUUAACACCAAAAGAUCCUCAGGAAUGGCGUCUGGCCAGCACCGAUCCUCGGGACCAGGGCCUGCUCAAGUAUAGGCUGCACACCCUAGAUAUCUACUUUUGGACGCUGGAGGAUGCCAAAGCAGUGAUCCAAACUUUCAAAAGCAUUCUACGCCCUCAGCAGCUGGACAUCUUGGAUGCGCCUCGAACGAGCAGUCAUGCUCAAUCAGAAAUGAGCCCUGUUGUUCAGCAGCUGGAAAGCAUCGCUAUCACAGACCCAGCCUAUCGAAAUGGCCAGACGCGGAGUUCUCAGAACUCAGCUGCCACCUUACCUCCUCCUCCUCCACCACCACCCCCAACGCUGGCAAAUUCUAGACAAUCACCUUCAAGCCAGGUCGACUCCGCGGCAAGAUCUCCUUCUAUAAGAUCAAACGAAACCCCAACUAGUUUUGCGCCCAUGGCCUACAAUCCAGCGGCCCCACCAGCUCCAGAACCCAUCGCACAUAGGGAAAAGACGCCUCCUCCGGCGGAUGCAACAAAUGGAACAGGCCUAGCAGCUGCAGCUUACGCAGAUCAUACCCAAGCUUAUGCAGGCACCCAUCCACAACCAUAUCCCAGCGUACCAGGUCCGCCACAACUAUCAACCUCUGGGAACUAUGGCUCCCCUCCUCCUCAACAACCAGCACAUACUUCCGCUCCACCGGCGCACACCUUCUAUCACACAAAUUCUGUGCAUUCGAACUCGUCUUCGCAAGGCACCCCAAUGAUAAGCCCUCAUCCUGCACCUCCAUCAAGCGUAACCAGUCCUUCUGUCAGACAGCCUUCUACCUCACUCCCUGGAUAUGCUCCUCCGCCACAAGAUCCGAAUGCACAUCUCUAUGGCAGGAGCCCAGGCAUUCCCACCGCCCAACCCGUUAGGCCAGCUCCGCAACCUCAAUCACAACCUGGCUUCGCACCACCGCCACCACAACAGCAUCAGGAUCCAAAUGCCCACCUCUACAACGCCCAAACACCACUAGAGUCGCCGGGUGCCCAAAUCUACGGCUCCGCCCCCCUGGCCCCGCAUCCCCAUCAACCUCUCCCACACCUCCAGCCCCAAUACGCAGAUUACCUCUCAUCCCGACCGCCUCCUCAGCCUCAACUGCAACAACCACCACCACCUCCAGGCAGUGGCUAUCCACAAUACCCUUACGCUCCGCAACAGCCGUACCACCACCAUCACAACGCCCAGCACCAUCAUCAUCACCACCACGACUCCGCCGCCGCAGAUGGUAAUCUUUACGACGUCCACAACCAGAUCUAUCGCCCGUCCCAAGAGGAAGACCGGCAUAAGCAUAGGAAGAGUUCAGCUGUUGGGAUUGGGCACACCGGUAGUGUGGGCAGUGUGGGGAGCGUGGCCAGCGGUACGGGCGGGAAACAGAAGCCGGCGGGAAGGCUGGAAGACGCGGCCGGCAAGGUGGAUAAGAAGGUGGGUGGCUUUUUGAAGAAAUUGGAGAAGAGGUUGUAA